UGGAGUUCCUGAUAACCCCCCGUGCGUGCAGCACAAGUGGUGAAAGCCUCUACGUACUGGCUAAUGAUUGGCACGCUUGACAGUGAUUGGCAGGGCUGCCAUGACAACCCUACAACGACACCAAGAAGACCAAUAGAAAAGCGAAACAAAAUAUUUCAAUGCUACACUCACGGUGGAUUUAGGGGGAGAUAUUAUGAGGCUGGUGUCAUUAGGCGAUAGCCAUUGAAUCAUUCAAUCUGAAAUCGUCGUUCUUUUUCCUUCGCAAAUUUCAUUCUCUCUCAGGUCAUUUCCAUGGUUUUCAGAUCGCCUUUAGAGCUUUACCCCUCUCAUUUCUUCCUGCCAAACUUUGCUGAUCGCUCUCUGCUCUUGGCGAGCAGCGCGCCCAGCACCAGGUCUCCUGAAGACUUGUCAAUGUUUCAGCUACCGACGCUAAACUUCUCUCCAGAGCAAGUGGCGAGCGUCUGCGAGACGCUAGAGGAGACCGGGGACAUCGAGCGGUUGGGUCGCUUCCUAUGGUCGCUUCCAGUGGCGCCGGGCGCUUGCGAAGCGAUCAACAAGCAUGAAUCCAUUCUACGCGCCCGAGCCGUGGUUGCUUUUCAUACAGGCAAUUUUCGCGAUCUCUACCACAUUUUGGAGAACCACAAGUUUACGAAGGACUCGCACGGCAAACUACAGGCAAUGUGGCUAGAGGCGCACUAUCAGGAGGCCGAGAAACUACGCGGGCGUCCCCUAGGACCGGUUGAUAAGUAUAGGGUGCGAAAGAAGUUUCCCCUGCCUAGAACCAUCUGGGACGGUGAGCAGAAAACGCAUUGUUUCAAAGAGCGGACGCGGAGUCUCUUACGGGAGUGGUACCUUCAGGACCCCUACCCAAACCCUAGCAAGAAAAGGGAACUGGCGCAAGCCACUGGACUCACUCCUACACAGGUCGGAAAUUGGUUUAAAAAUCGGAGACAACGAGACAGGGCAGCAGCAGCAAAAAACAGGCUCCAGCACCAAGCAAUAGGGCAGAACGGCAUGCGGUCCCUUUCAGAAACCGGCUGUACCCCACGCAGUUCGGCCGAAUCGCCAUCAACUGCGGCAAGUCCAACUACCAGUGUCUCCAGUAUGACAGAGAGAGUCGACACGGGCACGUCAAUUCUUUCAGUAACAUCAAGUGACUCGGAAUGCGACGUAUGAUACGCAAAAAGAGAAAUAUAUACAGGGAAUAUGGACCUGAAUAAACUUUAUGAAUUGUCAGGAAAUGAAAAGGACCAACUGAUAUUACUAUUAUGAAAAGGAAAAACAAACAAAACAAAAAAGCACGUCUUUUUCAAGCGCUUUCAAUGGACCCCACACUUUCCCUCCACCCCAUGACUUGCAUGACAUAUAUAUCUAUAUAUCUAUAUAUUUUUCUUUUUUUGUAUACGGGGGAAAUGUCCCACGUUUGUUGUGUCUACCAGGACCACCGCAGAGAGGGAAUUACCAGAAACCGGUGUCCAUCGCCUUUUUCUGUUUUAGUCCGAGAGACGACAAGCAGCCAGGAUACAAUCCUCUUUUCCUUUAUGUUCAUCAGACAAUCAUUUAAGUCGUAAGCACCUUUUUACUACAAUUCUGUCACUGCCUGUGUGGGGUACUGGUCAAAUGUGGAACUGAAUCGUUAUGACUGUAUCAGAUUUUUAUUUUUAUUUUGAGAUUUUAUAUUGAAUUAUGUAUAUCUUAAAUAAUGCGAUCAUUCUUUAAGUCUGUAAUAUAUGUGUAGAAAUACGCCUGUAAAUAAUAUUGCUCUACCGCCUUCAUUCUUUUUUCUAUCCCUGUUCACUUUUCUUGACUUGGUGCCCCUAUACCUAACUAUUCGUCCAAACGUGACUAUUAAGUGCUCUAGGCGUUGUUUGUCUGUUUUUAUACCAUGCAAGAACGCUGCUGACCAUGAAUUAUCAGUCGGGAUUAAUGCAAAAGAAAAUACUGGACUUCAUUAUCGACUGACCAAGUCUAUUUCAUGUUUCUAGUUCAGCGCUUAUUAUUCAACGUUACUUUCUUGCGUGUUUCUGUUAAUGUAUACGUUUCUAAAUUGAAAAUACAGUAUUCAAUUUUGUUAUAAAACUGCAUUAAGUGUGUCAUUUCCACAAAUCAUUUUCAAUGCAAUAACAUUCAAAUAAUUUUCACCAUCAUUUGCUUCUAGCAGGAAGUAAAACAUUGUAGUAAGCUAUGUGACGUAAGGUCACUAAACAAAACACUUUGCAACAGUUCUGUAGGAUUUCAAAUUACGGUAAAUCUUUUUUCUUUUCGUAUAUAUUAGUAUGAAUAAUAUAGGGACUGCACAGUAUAUAAAUAUAUUUUUUUUAUAAAAUAAGUGAAGGCGACUAAUCAUAGCGGACUCCUCCCCUGGCCCUGUGUGUCCCAUUCUAACCAACGAAAUAGCUUUUCAUUCAAAACUGCAAGGAGAAAGCUCCCUUUAGACGAGCAACACCAGCGCAUAUGAACCAAAAGAAAACCAUAUCGUCUUAACUACUUUAAACCUU